AUGAACCAAGCGCAGCGAAUAAGUGAUGUUGCUCUUAUCUACAACGGAGCACAAUCAGUAAAUCAGUCAGAAUUGCACAGAUCAGACAAUUAGCUUCUCUGAAUGUGAUGGAAACCAGAACUCGAACGAUAAGAUUAGUCUCACAGUAACGCUUAACCGGGCAGAAUCUAUGCUGAACAUGCUGCUGUGUCCAGUUUUUGGUGUCUUUUUUAUUAGCAUCGUGAGGAUUGCUGCAUCCAGAGAAUACGUAACCGUUGAAACAACGAAUGGCCCACUGAGGGGAGAGAAACGUGGCAAUUACAACGCCUUCGAGGGAAUACCGUAUGCCAAAGCUCCGGUGGGAGGGCUGCGAUUGGCACCAUCGCAAGUGAAUGAUGCGCAGUGGGAUGAUCCACGGGACGCGAUCCAACCGGGACCGGUUUGUCUUCAGUGGAGUCAUUUUGUGGAUGGUGAUGACAGAAGCAUAGGCGAAGAGGAUUGCUUAUUUAUGAAUAUCUACACUCCCUCGUUGGGAGAAUCUGAGUCAAUGUCAACCAUUUUUUUCAUCCACGGAGGUGCUUUCAUGUUCGGCCAAGGGCAUUACUACCAAGCGGAUCAUGUAUUGGAAAAACAGUUGGUGCUCGUAACGUUCAACUAUCGAUUGGGCCCGUUGGGAUUUUUGAGUACAGAAGAUGAUAUUAUUCCGGGGAACUUCGGAUUGAAGGAUCAAGUAACGGCACUGAAAUGGUUGCGUCAAAAUAUCGGUUUCUUUGGGGGCAACUCAGAUAAUAUUACGAUAGUUGGUUAUUCUGCUGGUUCUGCCAGUGUUCAGUUGCACUACCUAUCGCCAAUGAGCCGUGGUUUGUUCAAAAAUGGCAUCGGUCAUAGCGGAUCAGCUUUGAAUCCCUGGGUUUUGGCUGAGAAUUCAGCGGAAAAGGCAAAAACUAUCGCUCAAAGCGUUGGUUGUUCGGUAACUUCCAGCCGCAAAAUGUUGGAAUGUUUAAGAGAAAAACCAGCCCGUGCCAUUGUACGAGCUGUGGGACAAUUUUUCAACUUUUUGUACAAUCCGUUUUCACCACUCGGGGUAGUAGUUGAAAAGCAGACUAAAAAUAAUCCGAAACCUUUCCUAGUUGAACAUCCGUACAGCUUGAUGGAGAGAGGCAAGUUUUAUCGCGUGCCGCUGUUGCUCUCGGUUAGCGAAGCCGAGGGUCUCUACCCUGGUGCAGAAUUCAUCAGCAAGUCGGAAUAUUUGGAUGAAAUCAACGAUAACUGGAACCGACUUCUGCCUAGUAUUUUAGAUUAUAAGACUUCGCUGAGAAACGAAAAAGAGCGGUGCGAUGAGAUAAGCCAAGCGAUAAGGGAGAGAUAUUUAGGUAGAAGGAGAUUGACUGAAAACAGUUUUCGUGAUCUGAUACUGAUAAUUUCAAAUAGGCUUUACUUUGCGGGUGUUGUCCGUUCGGCCAAACUAAUGCAAGUCCACACACCAGUAUAUCUAUAUUACGGAAAGUACAAGUCUAAGUACGCCCUUGGAGAGUAUCUGUCUAAUUCGACGAAAAAUCAUGGCAUCGCUCACGGUGAAGACGUUCUGCUAGUAUUCAAAACCGAAAUGCGUGACGCGGUUCCGUACACGGAGGAAGAGCUAGUUGUUGCCAGGUUGUUUAUUGGAAUGUAUGAACAAUUUGCGCGAGAUAGCGUGGCAGUCUUUGGGGAUUAUAACAUUCCGCGGAUGGACAGUAAGGAUAAGGUUCGUUAUUUGGAGGUAAACUACCCAAAAAGUGAGCAGAAAUUGAAAGAUCAGUUGAGCGAUGAGGAUUUUUGGAAUCAGAUAGAUUUUGGCGAUGCUAUGCCCGUGGAUAAACAGGGUAAAGAUGAGCUCUAAAGCAUUUUUUUUUGUAAAAUUUUGCAUGUUCCCUCCAUAGAAUUCUUUUUUCGCUGUCUAGCUUAUGAUUAAUAUCUAAUACUUUUUCUUUGAAAAUCUUUCGCGCAUACUCGCAUAAUAGAUCCAUAUGUAUUUUCAUUAUUUUUAGUUAGCUUCACGAAUAAAGAUUAUUUUUUACGA